AUCAUAUGAUAUGUACUAGAUCUGUUUCUGGAUUUUCUUGGCAGAGUUUGUGGGUAUGGAAAGGUUGAACUUUUAGCUCUCUAAGAUUGUGUUUUCUUUACCAAAUGGUUGCAGAUAAGUUAUUUAAUUUAUUGGGGGUUUUUCUUGCUGUGGGUGCUAAAAGAUGCCUGGAGUUGUUGUGGAUGAGAUUCAUGAAGAUAGGGAGGAUAGUGAAUUGAAGGAGAAUGAGAAUGAGAAUUCUGGAGUUCAUAAUGACGAUUUAGUUGUGAAUGGGUCUCCGAGGAAUGGUUUGGCAUCUCAAAGCCCUCGGAAUGGGGGAACGGGCUAUACGGGGAAUGGGGUGGCCGAGAAAUCUAUUGAGGAGCUCUAUGAUAAUGUGUGCGAGAUGCAGAGCUCUGAGCAUUCGCCAUCGAGGCAGAGUUACGGGUCUGAUGGGGAUGAGUCGAGAAUAGAUUCGGAGUUGCGGCAUCUCGUGGGAGGGGAGAUGAGGGAAGUGGAGAUAAUGGAGGAGGACGAGGAGUUGCAGAGGCCCGGGAAUGGGAAUGAUGAUUCCCGUAGUGAUUCUGGUUCUAAGAAGGAGAGUUCUUCUACUACAGCGUUGGGCAAUUCCGAAUCUUCAACCAGCAAAACUCCCCCGUCGGGGAAAUCGAAGAAAGCUUCUCAAUCGCAGUUGGAGUCCGAUGCUUCGGGGAAAUCAAGUCCGAAAGGCAAAAGCCCUCCGGGGAAACCUUCAGUAGAUAAGCAGAGCGAAAAAAGAAAACCAGCUAGGGGAGUUUCCUCUUUGAAUAAAAAGAAGGGUACUGAGGAUAUGUCUGAUUCGGGUGUAGAAAAUCCCGAUCUUGGACCGUUCUUGCUCAAGCAAGCAAGGGAUUUGAUUUCUUCCGGGGAUAACCCUCGUAGAGCUCUCGAUUUAGCUCUUCGAGCUGCCAAGUCGUUUGAAAAAUGUGCUGACGGGAAGCCCAGCUUGGAUGUGGUCAUGUGCUUGCAUGUCACAGCAGCUAUACACUGUAAUUUAGGCCAGUACGGUGAUGCUAUUCCCAUUCUGGAAAACUCGAUCGAGAUCCCCGUGAUCGAGGAAGGCCAAGAUCACGCCCUGGCUAAAUUCGCUGGAUAUAUGCAGUUGGGUGACACUUAUGCAAUGUUGGGCCAAGUCGAGAACUCGAUUAUUUGUUAUACGACAGGUUUGGGAAUCCAAAGACAAGUUCUCGGGGAUAACGACCCGAGAGUUGGCGAAACGUGCAGGUACCUGGCAGAAGCUCACGUUCAGGCGUUGCAAUUUGACGAGGCUGAGAAACUUUGCCAGAUGGCUCUGGACAUGCACCGGGAUAACGGCUCACCUCCUUCCCUCGAGGAGGCAGCAGAUAGGAGGCUGAUGGGGUUAAUUUGCGAGUCGAAGGGAGACCACGAGGCUGCUCUCGAGCAUCUCGUUUUGGCAAGCAUGGCCAUGGUGGCCAACGGGCAGGAAACCGAGGUGGCAUCUGUCGAUUGCAGUAUCGGAGACACUUAUUUAUCGCUAAACCGCUACGACGAAGCCAUUUUCGCGUAUCAGAAGGCACUCACAGCUCUCAAGUCUGGCAAAGGAGAAACUCACCCAUCUGUUGCUUCGGUUUUCGUCCGUCUGGCUGACUUGUAUAACCGGACCGGUAAACUGCGGGAAUCAAAAUCCUAUUGCGAAAACGCCCUUCGAAUCUAUGGAAAACCAUUACCGGGUGUCGCCCCAGAAGAGAUUGCCAGCGGUCUUACUGAUGUUUCUGCUAUUUACGAAUCGAUGAACGAGCUCGAGCAGGCGUUGAAGCUACUGCAGAAGGCUUUAAAGAUUUACAACGACGCCCCCGGUCAGCAGAGUACUAUUGCUGGCAUUGAAGCCCAGAUGGGCGUAAUCUAUUACAUGUUGGGGCGAUACUCCGACUCCUAUAACUCUUUCAAAAGCGGGAUUUCAAAGCUUCGUGCCAGUGGGGAAAAGAAAUCUGCAUUCUUUGGAAUCGCUCUCAACCAAAUGGGGCUCGCUUGUAUACAGCGUUAUGCCAUAAACGAGGCUGUAGACUUGUUCGAAGAAGCACGGGGCAUUUUGGAGCAAGAAUACGGGCCUUAUCACCCCGAGACAUUAGGGGUGUACAGCAACCUCGCGGGCACAUAUGAUGCUGUUGGCAGGCUGGACGAUGCGAUUGAAAUCUUGGAAUUUAUUGUGAAUGUGCGAGAGGAAAAGCUAGGAACGGCUAAUCCAGAUGUGGACGAUGAAAAGAAGAGGCUGGCAGAGCUACUAAAGGAGGCGGGGAGGGUUCGGAAUAGAAAAGCGAGAUCGCUAGAGAAUCUGCUCGAUGUCAAUCAUCGUCCUAGUACUACUGUGAAUAACAAUGGCAUACAGGUUUGAUCACAAUGUUUGUAUAUGGAAUGGCAUAUUGGUUCUGUCAAGAAAACAUACAAAACAGAAAAGGGGUAUAGAUGAAGAUUUCUUUUUUUUUUUUUUUUUCUUUUUUAAUUAUUAUUAUGGGUGUGAUUUAAACAUGGGGCUGCAUUGAGAUGUGAUUUAUUUUACGAUAUAUUUAUCACAAGUUGUCUUGUUUUUUUUUUUUUUUUCAUAUGAAUGUAUUCUUACAAGGUGUAACAUUUGUAUAUCAUUGUAAAAGAAAGUUUAUUAUCCACCAACUCCAUGAUUCAAAGAGUUUGGACACUGCAGAAGAGGGCAAAUUAUUUCAUGGCAGAGAGUCUACCUUGCAUU